AUGUGGCUUGUCAAUACGAAGACCCUCGUCCUCGAGAGCUUCGCGGAGCCCUCCGAAAUCGACUAUGCCAUACUCUCGCACACUUGGGAGAGCGGCGAGAUCUCUUUUCAGGAGAUGUCCUCCACCGCUGUGGCGUCAACGACGAAAAGCAAGGCAGGCUUUGACAAGAUCGCAAAGACCUGUGAGAUUGCACAGGAGAAGGGCCUGGGAUACGCGUGGAUCGACACCUGUUGCAUCGACAAGUCCAGCAGCGCCGAGCUCAGCGAAGCCAUUAACUCCAUGUUUCGAUGGUACCAGGAGGCGAAGGUGCAAGAGCUCAUCGCGCCGGCCGAUGUGGAGUUUUACGAUGCUGGGUGGAAGUUGAGGUUCUCCAAAGACGUAUGGUCGGGGCGUCUAUCGACGAUAACCAACAUCGAUAUCGAUAUCUUGACAUUCGAGAAGGAACUAUCGGCUGUUCCCGUUGCCGUCAAAAUGUCAUGGGCAGCGCAUCGCCGAACGACCCGUGUCGAGGAUCGGGCCUACUCCCUCCUCGGGCUCUUCGACAUCCACAUCCCCAUGAUCUACGGCGAGGGCAGAAAAGCCUUUCAGCGACUCCAGGAAGAGAUUGCCAAGGAGACAGAUGACUUGUCGCUGUUCGCCUGGGUAGCAGUUGAUGAGAAUCAGCGUUUUAUCGACGUGUGCGUCAGGAAGACGGUCACGGCCUCAGAGAGCCGCAGACUCGAGCAGCGGCCGGGCCACUUCUUCAAGCUGGAAUGGGCUCCAGGAGACUGCCUCAGCAGAUGUGGCAAGCUUCUCGCGGCCGAGCCCAGCUUCCUCUGGAACCCCGUCUAUCGGGGAUUCGUGGGGGAGGCACAGGCUGAAGAUUUUAUGGGCAUCAUCAAGUUGUCCUUGAGCGCCCUGCCUUCGAAUGUCAUCAUCUGUCUAGUUCUGUUCAAGGUCAAAGAUCGACCGCCUGAGGUUCAGCUCUUCCUGGUCCCAGACUGGCCAUGGGAGCUGAAGGAGGGCAUAGUCUAUCCUGAGGUCACAGCAGAGGUGGAUGAGAAGAUGCGCCUUAUACUAUCUUGCAAAUAUCUCAAGGAGCCUCAAAGGGUACAGGAGCAAAAAGGGCUUCCAUUCCUUCCCAUGGCAGACCUGAUACGAUAUAUGUCAGACAAAUGA